AAAAAAAAGUCAGACGAGUCUAAUUAUAGAUUUAUGACAUCUAUGAUUUGAAUUGCGACACGGUUUCAAUGAAAUUAUAGGUGUGGCGCAUAUCAACAAUUCAGCUAUGUGGAAUAAAUAUUUAUGAAGCGGCGAAGAUUAAAACUGCACCAUCUGUAAUCGUGUGCCCCCCGCGCUGCCGGAGCAGAACGCAAUCGUCCCGAAAACAGUCAUAGGUGGCCCUCGAUAUGCCUGUUUAGAAAUAAGUUUAAAAUCACUUGGGAGCUGCUGAGGGUAAUCUGUCACUUGCUUCUGUGAGCCGAAUAAAUUAACUCGUAACAGACAACUGGGGAAGAUGAGUGUGGAAGUGGAAAGAAAGWUUGUGUUCAGCGCCGACACCCUGAAAACACUGGAGAACAUCGGAGUUUGUGUUGAUCAGUGCCAGUUCCACGACCAGUACUUUGACACGCCGGACUUUGAGCUGACUUUGAGAGACACUUGGCUUCGUAAGAGAAAGGGAUGCUGGGAGCUCAAGUGCCCGACGAGCGGAGAGCGGUCUGUGUCUGCAGAGCUGUGUACUCAUUACAAGGAGAUCAGCAGUCUUUCUGAAAUUUACCAGAGAGUGAAGGAGAUGAUAGAAGUCAGAGAGGCGGAGUCGACCCCCUCGCAUGGAGACGACUCCUGGCUGAGCGAACUGAACCUGACCUGCUUUGCAGAGUUCACAACGACUCGACGGUCCUUCUCUCUGGUGGAGGAGGGGGUGAAGGUAGAUCUGGACCAAGCUGACUUCGGCCAUCAUGUGGGGGAGAUCGAGGUCCUCGUACCAGAGGGAGGAGAUGUGCAGUCAGCGCGAGAGAAGAUCAAAAACGCAGCUCAAAGACUGGGUCUUACAGGAGAUGAGCGAGUUGAUGGAAAAAUGACGGCUUUCCUUAAACGAUAUCGCCCCGAGCAUUACGCUAAACUGCUCAGUGCUCAUGUUUUGUAGACCGGAGGACUGGUGGAAACGAACAGAAUCAUUUCUGUAAAACUGCUUUUAUUUGUUAGUUAAUCUAAACCCAGUUUUAAACUACAGGGUUGGGGGGAAAAUACAGGAAAAAAAGCCCUGAUUUUAAAUGUGAAAACCGUUACAAACAAUGAUUUUCUGUGCUGCUAUGUGAUUACUUUUAUGUUUACCUUAAAAGAGAUCAUUGUUGUUGUUGUUGUUUUGGUGUUUGGGCCUGUUAAAGGGAACAGAGGGCUACUCCGGCGUCAGACGUCUCACGAUGAAGAUACUCCGAAACACUCCUAAACAGCUUGUAGCAAUAAAACCACUUUUAUUUAUUGGUUAAUUAAGAUAAAAGGUGAUUUUAUUUUUUACCAAAUGUUGUAUUUAAAUUCUCAUGCACUGAUAUUUAUAAUGAUUCAUAGAUUCACGGAGAGUUUUAGUUAAAUAUCCUCAGACUAAUACAACACUUGGGCACAAUUUUAAGCAAAAAAUAAUAAAUUAUUUUUUUAAAUUAUUUUUUUCUUUUUGAUUCUUUCUACCUGGUUUACUGAGAUGCACUAGGACAAUAAAAAUAAUAAAUUUUCA